GGAUCCUCCUGUGGUGUUUUGGUCCAGUCGAGCCCCCUCACCAAAAUGACAGCGAGGAAGUCCGGGUCACGACUGGAGACCGAGAUAGAGCGAUGCCGUUCAGAGAGUCAGUGGGACAAGAUACCCGAGCUGGUGCGACAGCUCUCAGCCAAACUAAUAUCCAACGAUGACCUAGGGGAGCUGUUGCUGGGAGAAUGCAAGCUUCAGACGUACCUGAAGGAGAACCCCAUCAAACAGGGAGCCAGUCCCAGGGGGCCACGACCUAAACUGGUGGAGGUCAGGAAACACCUCACUGCUGCUCUGGACAGAGGAAACCUCAAGGCUGAUUACCUCCAGGAAGCCAGCCUGUUGAUGGCUAAACUGUGCUAUGUAGAGGGAGAAUACAGAGACGCUUUAGGUCACUACAGCAGGGUGAACCUGGACGACAUGCAGCUGGUGGGAGCUCCUGUGUACAGGCUGUCCAUGAUAGCAGAGGCUUACGCUACUAAAGGACUGUGUCUAGAGAAGGUCCCCGCCGCCUCUCCGUCCCUAUCCAAUAAGAACACUGGAUCUCCAUCGUCCAAUAGGAGCACAACAGACCGGGAGCAGGAAAUCAUCACCUGCUAUGAAAAGUCUGGGGACAUUGCUCUGCUCUACCUGCAGGAGGCUGAGAAGGCGUUGUCAGCAGGCAUUCAGAACCGCAGCCCAAAGCCCGGCCCGACAGCCCAGGACCUGGAACUGGGCUACUUCCUGGAGACAGGCUUGCAGAGAGCCCACGUCAUCCACUUCAAGAACGGCAACCUGACACGAGGCGUGGGUCGGUUUCGGGAGAUUCUUCGGGCGAUUGAGAACAGAACCACCCAGAGCCUGCGAAUGACCAUAGCCAGACAGCUUGCAGAGAUCUUGCUCAGAGGAAUGUGCGAACAGAGUUACUGGUCCCCUCUAGAAGACCCGCCCACAGUGUCGCCAUUGGACGAUCCCACACGGCAAGGACACACUCACAGCAAGAACUACAGCCUAAGCCGACGCCCACGGGUGUACUCGGGAGAGAAUCUGUUUUGCCCUCAGGAGAACACAGAGGAAGCUUUGCUGCUGCUGCUCAUCAGUGAGUCCAUGGCUAACCGCGACGCAGUGCUGAGCAGAAUUCCUGAACACAACAACGAUCGUAUCAUCAGCCUGCAGUCCGCCUCUGUGGUGUACGACCUGCUGACUAUAGCUCUGGGCAGGAGAGGGCAGUACGAGAUGCUGUCAGAGUGUUUGGAGAGGGCCAUGAAGUUUGCCUUUGAGGAGUUCCACUUGUGGUACCAGCUCGCCCUCUCGCUAAUGGCAGCUGGAAAAUCAGCGCGUGCCGUUAAGGUCCUUAAAGAGUGCAUUCGGCUGAAGCCCGACGAGCCCACUAUCCCUCUGCUGGCCGUCAAGCUGUGUAUCGGACCUCUGCACUGGCUGGAUGAGGGGGAGUGCUUUGCAAAGAUGGUGAUCGACAUGGGGGAGAAAGCGGCUGAGUUCAGAGCCAAAGGCUACUUGGCCAUCGGGCUGGUUUACAGCCUCAAAGCCACUGAUGCGUCGUUGCGAAGCACACAGGAGGAGUACCAGAGGAAAGCUUUGGGAGCCUUCCAGAGAGCUCAGAGUCUGUCUCCUACUGACCAUCUAGCAGCCUUCUACUUGGCACUGCAGCUUGCUGUGUCCAGACAGAUCCCAGAGGCGCUAGGCUAUGUUCGACAGGCGUUGCAGCUUCAAGGGGAUGACGUCCACUCCCUUCAUCUGCUGGCCCUGCUGCUCUCUGCUCAGAAACACUACCACGACGCUCUCAACAUUAUAGAGAUGGCUCUGUCCGAGUACCCGGAGAACUUCAAUCUGCUUUACACCAAGGUGAAGCUGGAGUCGAUGUGCAGAGGACCGGAGGAAGCUCUGCUCACCUGCAAACACAUGCUACAGAUCUGGAAGAGCUUUUACAACCUUACUAACCCCAGUGAUUCCGGGCGUGGCAGCAGUCUGUUGGAUCGAGCCAUAGCAGACAGACGACAGCUCAACGCCAUGACCCUGCCUGACUUCAGCGACCCUGAGACCGGCGGCCUUCAGGACGCUAACACUCUUGGUUUUUCCUCCAUGUUUUCUGUUUGUUCGGUUCAUGCUACGUCAAUAGCAGCCAGUCGUGUGGAGCAGGCUCUGUCUGAGGUGGCUUCCUCCCUACAGAGCAGCGCCCCCAAGCAGGGACCCCUGCACCCCUGGAUGACCCUGGCUCAGAUCUGGCUGCAUGCAGCUGAGGUCUACACCGGCAUGUCGAAGCCGGCCGAGGCCUCGGCCUGCACGCAGGAGGCUGCCAACCUCUUCCCCACGUCCCAUAAUGUGCUGUACAUGAGGGGGCAGAUAGCUGAGCUGAGGGGCAACAUGGAUGAGGCCAAACGCUGGUAUGAAGAGGCCCUGUCCAUCAACCCGACGCAUGUCAAGACCAUGCAGAGACUGGGUCUGAUUCUUCACCAGCUGCAGCGCUACAGUCUGUCUGAAAAGGUCCUGAGGGACGCUGUGCAGGUCAACAGCACGGCUCACGAUGUGUGGAAUAGCCUGGGUGAGGUCUUGCAGGCUCAGGGAAACGCUGCCGCUGCCACAGAGUGCUUCCUCACCGCCUUGGAGCUGGAGGCCAGCAGCCCCAUCCUGCCCUUCACCAUCAUACCCAGAGCACUAUGAAACACACACCGUCAGAGUUAUAGCCUCAGUACUGUAGCACAGUGGCACAAACGAUGGACCUGCAAGCUGCACACGCCCCAUACACACAUAGCAUGCCUGCAUGCCACUUACACAGGGUUUUACUGCCAUACCCUCAGAUACAAAUACAAAUAGUAUGCACGCACAUACACACACGCUUCCCCCCGCUCGCCCACCCUACCCACAAUGCCUUGCUGUGGCUGUGACCCCUGACUGCGUGUGUGAGGGCACGUGUCUGCGUGCCAGCGUGUGUCAGUCUGCACUUUUCACGUGCCUGUCUGUGUCUGUGCAUGUGCACCCAUGUCUGUGUAUGUGUGCCAACAUGUUACCUGUGCGUAUUUGUGUCCGGUUGUGUGUGAUUUGUAGUAUGCUGUGUGUGCGUUUGUUGUUUUGUCCCAUUCAAAGUUGUAAAUAAGACUCAGUUGGAGGUCCUACUCUGUUGUUACUAGCAUUCAGAAGCCUAAGAGUUUACAUUUUGUUUACAUGUUAUGCAGUCCCAAAAAAAAAUCCCACACGCACACACACACAGUUUAAAUUUCCUUUCACACACUGAGGGUAAAUCUAGCAAAUUUGACAGAAAAUACAUCACGGGCAGGUAAACACUUUUAAUAAUGUCUCCUUUGUAAGCCAAAUGUUACUGAUAAUCACACACACGCACAUGUUCACUUGCUGUGUGGCUGGCUCAGGAUAGUCAGAUCUUUAAGAAGCAUUGAUUGACCUGAUAAACACAUCUCUGAGAAAUCUAUCAGUAAAGUCUAAAUGCCAAAACACAGGCUGCAUUUACACACACAGGAGAUCAGAUUGGAGAGUGCUGAUGUCCAAGCGAUGGCUGCCGAUUGUUUUUUUUUCCUACAUUUCCAAAUUAAAGCGUGUUGUAUCUCAUUGUACAGCCUUUACGUGCUCCUUUGCUGAACCAUAUUUCCAUGACAUUCUAUCAUCAUACAAAUCUCAUAUGUGCAUUAUUAUUCAGUUUCCCCAUGGAAGGUCUGAAGCUAAAGGAAUAGUUCAAUAUUCCUUGUUAGGUUCGAUGAUGUCUGUGCGGUAAAUAUAAAGCGACGUCCAGCGGCCUGUUGGCUUACCUCAGCAAAAAACAGGAAACAUCGGGAAACAGCUAGUGUGACAAAAUCCACAUGUUGGAUUUCUGUGGAGGUGGAACCAGUCUCUCUGCUAAGCUAAGCUAACCAGCUGCUAACUCAAGCUUCAUACUUACUGUACAGAUCUGAGCAUGGUGUCAACCCCCCGCUGUGCCAUUUCCAUGUUAAUAUUUGUAAAUUUUUUUUAAUUCUUGAAGAUCUGUUUGAAAAACCUACAUUUAUUUUAGCAUGAGUAGCUGCAGUCAUAAUCGCUGGACACACACAAGAGUGCUACCUACAAAAAGUCAAGGAGAAACACAAUAAUAUUGCAGUGAGCCAGUUAAGUUUAAUGCAAAUGGGUGUAGAGCUGGAGCUCCUACAUGACGUUUAGAUUAUAACACAUUGAAGGGGAGGAAUCUGUUACACACACUGUCUCAAAAGCCUGAUUUUCUGCUGUGUGUCAAUGCAACCAGUGAUUGUGUUGUCUUUGUGUCCUGUUACAGUCAUGUUCAAUACAACUAGAUGAAUAUAGUUUUUUUUUUUUUUUCCAUUUGAUUUUUGCCUAUAAAUACAAAGGAUUAUUGUUGUAUAUUUGAUUGUUCCAAGUGUAUUAUUAUUGUUCUUAUUUUAGAAAGUAAAUUAUAAUUCUAUUUUCUGGAGAGUGUUACUGAGAGGCUGCUGGAGGAAUAAGAGGAUGAACUCAUUCAGUCAGUGAGUCAUUGAGUCCUUUGUGCUGUAAGUGAAUGACUGAAAUUUAGGAUGAUUAUAAUGACGAAAGCUAAUUAAAGCAG